CAAGGACGAAAUCUACUUCCUGUUUAUAGCUCGGUGUGCUCGUGUGUGUCAUUUACUGUGAUAUUGUCACGUUGUUAAAGAUACAAUUAUGAGUAUUCUCAAUCACUCAAAGAAACUAAUGCUUUCUGCUUUUAAAGGUAACGCUGUGUUGGCGCACACCGUUGUUUGUAGAAGUUUCAGUUCGGUCCACAAAGCUCGUUAUAACAGUCUGAGUGUACCUCGACGUGAUACACCAUAUUUAUCCUCACGUUGGCUUUAUGUUUUCAACAAACACCUGGACACAGAAAGAUUGUACUCAGAAAUGUGUAGUGAAAACAGUUCAGUUAAGAGCACUGUUGUCUUACAAGAGGAGUCAGCUGAGUUAGAAAGGGACCACAGACAAAAAUCUCCCGAGACUUUCUCGCUUGAUGUUCUGGUGUCCCUACUUCGUCAGGAAAAUGCAGUGGACAUCUGUGUGAUUAAAGUACCUGAGGAGAUCAAAUACACAGAGAACUUUAUUGUUGUCAGCGGUGUAUCAUCAAGACACCUCCGUGCGAUGGCACUUUAUGCCAUUAAAGUGUACAAGUUUCUGAGGAAAGAAGGGGAACCAAAUGUGAAGAUUGAAGGAAAGAAAGCAGACGACUGGAUUUGUAUUGACUUUGGGAACAUGGUCUGUCACUUCAUGCUACCAGAGAGCAGAGAAGUGUACGAGUUGGAGAAACUCUGGACUCUCCGCAACUUUGACGAGCAGCUGAAGAGCAUCCCCGCGGAGACUCUACCAGAGGACUUCAUUUAUGAUCCUGAAGUCACAAAGUGAAAGCACGGGACAAUUCAUUUGUGUAUGUCACAGAACUAUCUACAUACUUCUUUGCUUCACCUUUGAAAUGAAAUAUUUAAGAAGAAAAGAAAUCUCUGGACUGAAACAACACAUUUUGUGUUGAGUCCAGAUGAAUGCGGUGAGUUUUUGAGUGGUGAAGAAAAUCUGUAUGUUCUGUCAUGUUUUGAUUGUUAAAAUAAAUUAUUUUAAUACCAAAUA